UGCCCGUCACGCGCCGACGCGACCGCUCGCGCGACUGCCGCGACAAUGGACUACGAGCCGAAGGUCGAAAUUAGCACGGAAAAACUGAUCGGAGCCGUGAAAAAACGGGCCGCUUUAUACAGCAAGACCAACCUGAACUACCACAAUCAUGGCAAAUACAAGGGAGGUCUCUGGAAAGAAGUGUGCCGUGAAGUUUUUCCAGAAUGGGGCAAUAUCAGUCCAAGGAGGAAACUCGAAUAUGCCCACGACCUUCAAAGGCGAUGGAAGAACAUCCGCACAUGCUUCACAAGAGAACUGUCUCUACAGAAAAAAGAAAUGAGAGGCAGAGAAAACUCCACCUCCGAUUCCGAUUUCAAGAAAAGAAGAAAAUACAUUCACUUCGACAAACUGACCUUUCUGAUUAAUGCUGAUGAAAUUCCCGAAGCUCCUGAUAUCAAAGAACCUGUGGACGAAGACUCCAAUGAUCCUUUGGAAUCACAAAUGUUUAAUAUGGAGUCUGAAGACUCAGACAGAAGAUCAGCUUAUGAAGAAUCUUCUAGCAAUCAUCAUUAUGUCCAAAUAGAAGAGGAGCCGUUUCAAGCGAACAUGUUCCAAAGAGAUGGUAAUAUGAAACAAGAAUUGCUGCAAAUGGUGGGAGAUAUGAAAAAGAGUGAGACAGAAGAUGAAGACAGGCAGUUUGCAUUGUCAAUAGUCCCGGCGUUGAGAAAAUUGAACGAUCAACAGAAGUUUGACGCUAAAAUUGAAAUUUUGAAAGUCCUGAAGAGAAUUAGCUCUAGCAGUGACUCGUGAUGAGUUUG